AUGGCAGACAUGCCGCUUGAGCCGAGAUAGUAUGGAAUCAUAGGAGUAUAAGUUUUAGGUGUGUCUUUUGAAAUAUCGAACUAUAAUGUCCCCCGAAAUUUUAACUAAUGUAUUGAACGAAUAUUUCGACAAUGUGAAGCAACGCUCACGGGUUCUGUGUGCUAGAUUUAGGUAACGUUAGUGUGGAAACAUAUGUAAUACGGUGGACAAUUUUUUGUGUUGUUCGGUGUACCGUGUACGAUAAAUAUUCUGGUUUGAUGUUAAAUUAAAAUGUGGAAUAUGAUGUGCGACGUGAUGCCCACGAUAUCUGAAGAUAGUAUCAGCCAGCGGAGUUCGCAGUUUUCGGGUGAGGAUGCGAACUUCGAGCAGCUCAUGGUGUCGAUGUUGGAUGAGAGGGACAAGCUAGUGGAGAGCUUGCGGGAGACCCAGGAGCGUCUUAACGACUCGGAAGUUCGCCUGAAGGAUGUAGAGAAGGAGCGCGACUCGCUACAGCGGCAGAUCGCCGCCAACUUACCUCAGGAGUUUGCAACUCUUACGAAAGAGUUGAACCAGGCUCGAGAGCAGCUGCUGGAGAGAGAGGAGGAGAUCUCAGAGCUCAAGGCGGAAAGGAACAAUACCAGGUUAUUACUAGAGCACCUAGAAUGUCUUGUGUCGCGACACGAGCGCUCUCUGCGCAUGACGGUGGUGAAGAGGCAGGCGGCAGCGCAGUCCGGCGUCUCCUCCGAGGUGGAAGUGCUCAAGGCCCUCAAGAGCCUCUUCGAGCACCACAAGGCCCUCGACGAGAAGGUUCGAGAAAGACUUCGCGUUGCGUUAGAAAGGAACACGGCGUUAGAAGAAGAGUUAGCCUUAACCAAAGAGGAAUUACAGCAGUAUAAGUCAUCGAACGCGCAGGAGAGUGAGAAACCAAAAGAGAACGGCAGCGUUGGAGGAUCACCGGAGCAGAAUGGUGAACAGCAACAGACCAAGGAGCAAAGUAGUGUUAACGGCGAAUCGGAAAGCAACAAGAAACUCACUGAGCUUCAAAAUACGAUCGCCAAGCAGUCUGCAGAGCUGAGCUCGUGGCAACGGCGUGUGGCAGAACUGAACAACAAGGUGACGGAGCUGGAGGAGAGGCUCUCCAAGGGUGAGAAGGAACUCACCAAGAAACAGGAGGAGUGCGCCAAACUGCAGCGAGAUCUGAGGGAGAAUGUCGCGCAGAAGGAAGACCAGGAGGAGAGAAUAGCUACUCUCGAGAAGCGGUACCUGAACGCGCAGCGCGAGUCCACUUCGCUGCACGACCUCAAUGAGAAGCUGGAGCAGGAGCUGCAGCACAAGCAGGCGCAGCUCAAGCUUCAAGAAGAGAAGAUCGCAGCUAUAGAGGAGAAGCUGGAGCUGUCCACGCAGAAGUUGGCGCAGAUGUCCUCGCUGCCGGAGAUGGAGGAGCAGCUCAAGGCCAGGAUGGAGGCUCUCAACCAGGCGCAGGAGCGGCACGGGUCGGCGGAGGACCGCAUCCAGCGGCUGGAGGCGAGCGUGGAGGAGAAGAACGCGGAGCUGAUGCGUCUCAACCAGCGUCUGCGCAUGAACGAGGAGCACAACACGCGCCUCUCCGCCACCGUCGACAAGCUGCUCUCCGAGUCCAACGAGAGGUUACAAGUGCACCUGAAGGAGCGCAUGCACGCGCUGGAUGAGAAGAACGCCCUGACCCAGGAGCUGGAGAAGACGCGCAAGUACGCGGACGAGCUGGUGGCGGAGAAGCAAGACAUCCUUAAAGAGCUCGCCAAGUGGCGCAUGGAGACUGAGCAGCUGAAGCGUCAGAUGCUGCAGCAGGAGAUCGCCUUCAACAUCCAGCAGACGGACGCCCUCACGCGCUCGCUGUCGCCCGGAGCGCCGCAGCCACCCGUACCCAUCUUCCAGCCCAAACUGGAGGGGUCGUGGGAGAAGCUGCAGCAGGCGCACGCGCUGGCCGCAGUCGCCGCGCAGCAGUACGACGUCUCCAGCGAUGCUGAGAACGACGAGUCAGAGGGCGGAGUGGAGGGAGGGCACACGGACGCAGCGGCGCUGGCGCUGAUGCUGCAGGAGCAGCUGGACGCCAUCAACACUGAGAUCCGCCUUAUCCAGGAGGAGAAGCAGACCACGGAAGCACGCGCUGAGGAACUCGAGUCCAGGGUGGGCAGCUACGAGCACAUGAACGUGGUGUCGCGGCGCGGGGAGUCCCCGCCGCCCGCCGCCUCGCCCUCCAGGCCUCAUCACCACAAGUAUCAUACGGCGCCGGCAUCCAUGUCUCCGGCGCAUCAUUACCGCGCGCCGCCCUCCUCCGAGAGCCUCCCCUCCAGCCAGGUCGGUGGCCAUCCUCCCCCCCAGACCCCACCACGGCUUGUGUUUGUGCCACCCCAACUCAUUGUAACUAAUUUACAGCUGUGCGAGGAGGGCGGGGUGGGGGGUGUGGGCGGGGCGAGCGGGGCGGGCAGUGGGGCGGAGGGCGGGGCGUCUCCGCUGACUGCGCGCUCUCUGCGUCUGGAGCGAGCUGCACGCGCGCUGCACGCCGAGCGCGACCGUCUGCGCACGCACUACCCCGCACCCUACGACUCCUCGAGCCAGGAGUCGCUGUCGCUGGGCGGAGGGGGGUGGGGCGGGUCUAGUGCUGGGGGCGGGGCGUCCCCCUCCCUGCCCCGCGCCGCAGCCUCCGCCGCCUCAAUCGCCUCCAUGCACCAGCAGAAGAAGAGGGGCAUCAAGAGCUCGCUCGGCAGGUUCUUCAGCAAGAAGGACAAGGCCGGACUUACGCUAUCGCAAGGCACCAGCCCUCGUUCCCUGUCCUCCGCGUCAUCGCUGGGUCUGUCGGGUCUGGCGGACGAGGGUCUGGAGCCGACGCCGCUCGGGCCGCACCACCAGCAGCUCGCCGCGCACCACCCACACCAUCCCCAGCAUCCACAGCAUCCGCAGCCGCUGCAGCAGGACUACGCGCGCUCCAAGACAAAGGAGCGCGACUACCGGCACGAGCUGCUGGGCGAGGCGAUGCGCGCGGGCACGCCGUUCGCGCUGUGGAACGGGCCGACAGUGGUGGCGUGGCUGGAGCUGUGGGUGGGCAUGCCGGCCUGGUACGUGGCCGCCUGCCGCGCCAACGUCAAGUCCGGCGCCAUCAUGUCCGCGCUCUCCGACCAGGAGAUACAGCGAGAGAUCGGUAUCAGCAACCCCCUGCACCGGCUGAAGCUGCGGCUGGCCAUCCAGGAGAUGGUGUCGCUGACGUCACCCUCUGCGCCGCGCGGCACCGCAUGCGCAGCUCUCGCCUUCGGGGACAUGAACCACGAGUGGAUCGGCAACGUGUGGCUACCCUCGCUAGGUCUGCCGCAGUACCGCACCACCUUCAUGGAGUGUCUGGUGGACGCGCGCAUGCUGGAGCACCUCACCAAGCGCGACCUGCGCACACAGCUCAAGAUGGUCGACAGCUUCCACAGGACGUCGCUGCACUUCGGCGUGGCGUGUCUGAAGCGCGUGGGGUACUCUGUGCGCGCGCUGGAGGAGCGGCGACGCGCAGCAGAGCACUGCGUGCGCGAUGUCAUGGUGUGGACCAACGAGCGGCUGCAGCGCUGGCUGCUAACUAUUAACCUCAAGGAGUUCGCGAGCAACCUGUCUGAGAGCGGCGUGCACGGUGCGCUGAUCGCACUAGACGACAGCUUCGAUGCCAACAGCAUGGCGCUCGCGCUACAGAUACCCACACAGAACACUCAGGCUCGGCAGGUGCUGGAGAUGGAGUUUGCAGCGCUGCUGGCGGCGGGCACGGAGCGCGCGGCGCGCCCUCACCCGCACGCCCCCGCCUCCUGACACCACGCCAUAGACUAGCCGCACUCGCGACACUAGCGACACCCGCGACACUAGCGACACCCGCGACACUAGCGAUACUCGCGACAC